AUGGAAUAUUUCUCUGGUACAUUAAAUAUUCGAAUCUAUGAAGCAGCUGAAUUAAAACCAACCGCUUGUGCAACUCGUCAUGCAGUUGGACCAGCUGCAAAAUUAUAUGAAUUACUUGAUCCUUAUGUAACCAUUGAUGUGGAUGAGAUUGCCAUUGGUAAAAGUUCCACAAAAUCACGUACUAAUAUACCACAAUGGAAUGAAGAUAUUUGUGCCCGAAUUAAUUAUGCUCAACAGCUGACAUUUACUGUUUAUCAUGAUGCCGCUAUUCCACCAGAUGAUUUUGUUGCUAUUGUCGAAUUGGCUUUACGUGAUGUACGUUUCGGUGAAGAUAUGUGGUUAGAAUUGGAACCACAAGGCAAACUGCUAGUACGUAUUGAUUUAGCUGGUACUAGAACAGAUGAACCACCAAAAGAUCGGCCAGGAUUUCCUAGUCGAGAUAGUGCUAUCGGUGGGGUACAUGGUAAACAUUAUCGUUGUGGUGCACUAAGACGUAGAAUACAUCAAGCAAAAGGUCAUAAAUUUCAAGUGACCAGUUUACGUCAAUUUACAUUUUGUUCAUUAUGUAAUGGUUUUAUAUGGGGUUUAUGGAAUCAAGGUUAUCAAUGUCAAGUAUGUACAUGUGUUGUGCAUAAACGUUGUUAUUUAAAUGUUAUUACUCAAUGUCCUGGUGUUAAAUCACCACCAAGUUGUCCAACAGCUGCUCUUCAAAGUCGCUUCAAUAUUAAUGUUCCUCAUAAAUUUCGAAUUCAUACAUUUAUGCGUCCAGCAUUUUGUGAUCAUUGUGGUUCUCUAUUGUUUGGUUUAAUGCGUCAAGGUUUACAAUGUGAAGUAUGUCGGUUGAAUAUUCAUAAAAGAUGUGAGAAAAAUGUUGCAUCUCAUUGUGGAGUGAAUACACGUAAUCUAGUCGCUGCCAUUCGACUUUGUGGACUGAAUCCAUCAGAUUUAGGUGUUAGUCCAUCCGGUACAACAACAUUGACACCAGGACCGGGGGUGACAGCUACCGGUCCUAGUCGAACUGCUAGUACUAAUGUUUCUUCAGUUCGUCCUAUAUCAGCUGGUUCACGUAGUGGUGGUCCAUUUGGUGGUUACGGUGAUGUUGUCUUCUCCACUUCACCUGGACCUUUAAAACCAAGUAGUAAAGGUGAUACCGGUUUUUCUAGUUCCUCAUUAAUUGGUAUAGCUCCUCAUGAACGAUCACUUAGUUCUCCUAUUUCAUUGCCAACAACUGAUCUUAGUGGAGGUGGCGGAAGCGGUAUUGGUUGUGGUGCUACUACUGUUGGUACUGGUACUAGUACUGGUGGUGGUGGGGGUAGCCUAGACGUCGAAGAGUCAAGCGCUAAAUAUGCAACAUUAGAUCUUUUAUCUGGAAGUAGUGGUACAGUGAGUACUGCAGGACCAGUCGCUGGUCGACAUGGAAUGCCUGCUCAAAGACCAUGUUCAUUACAAGAUCCUCCUGAUGCCUAUGGAUAUAUUACUACUAUUACUACUACUACAACGACAACUACAACUACAACUACUACAACUACAGAUUCACGAAUCCCAUGUUUAAUGGAUUUUACAUUUUUAAAAGUAUUAGGCAAAGGUAGUUUUGGUAAAGUAAUGCUUGCUGAAUACAAAUCAACUGGUGAAGUAUUUGCUGUGAAAGUAUUAAAAAAAGAAGUAAUAUUACAAGAUGAAGAUGUGGAUUGUACUUUGACAGAACGACGUAUUCUUGCUUUAGCUGCACAUCAUCCAUUUUUAACAGCACUAUAUUGUGCAUUUCAAACUGAGGUCAAUGGUACACUGUUAAAUUCUAACGUCGCCCCACGAUAA